AUGAUAUCCGAAGUGUGUCAACAACGUGAGAUCUCCUUCCGGUGUGUCCAUUACACGUUUCUUGACGAAUGUUUCGAAGCAAGAGUUGGGAAAUGUGAUGCAGGGUCUGUUGCAAGAGUCGGAGCUAUUGGUUAUAAGCAGGCGUUGAGUAGUUGUCACUCAUCAAAGAAACAAAAGGCGGAAGGGACCCUCCCUAUUCUCGGUGCACCCGCGCAAUCCUUCCCUUCUCCAGUACAACUGAUAUCUGCACUUGGCUAUCUGCAAACUCAAUGCUCUCUGAGUCGGAGCAAAAACUGUUCCAGCGAUCAUGUACACAAUAUUAUGGCUCAAUGUGAAGAACAGAUGAAACCACUGGCAGGCUACCCACAAUAUGAUCGUCAUAGGUUAUUAAGAAUUAAAAUGGACACCUCAAAGAAACUACUGAUGUAUGAUGAGACGGACAAAGAGCGAGAGUGCUUAGUCGUUAGAUCUACACUCUCUGAAAUGUACUCUCUCCAUCACGCUAAUUGCUACCAUUCCCUCGUAACAAGAUGUCUAUGCGAAAGAUUGCGAUUCGACGUGCAAUGUGGUAUCAAUUGUGACCAAUUGGAGCCGACGUCACCAGAUCAAGAUACAUUGGCAUGGGACGAAUGGAAGGACGCACGAUUAGUACAUGGAUAUGGAUCCAAUUACAAACAAUUCGCCAUCACUCUUUCAAUCUUUUUUGUUCUUUCAUCUUUUGCGUUUCUUUUUUAA